GAGACCGGGGCGAGCCCGCUGUGGGCGCCAGGAUACGAGCGCAGGGAGAAGAGGCCAGGCUCGGCGAGAAUCGCGGCCGCGAGUGUCGAGCAGAUCCCCGCGCGCUUCCUGGGCCGGGCGGAGCAGCUGCUGGGCCAGGGCCCCGAGGCGGUGCUGGCGUGGGCGGGCCUCCCCCUGGCGCAGCUGGCCCUGUGGCACCAGGGCGUCGAGGCGCAGGACCUGCGGGAGGCCGCGUGCACCGGGCCCGGGGCGGGCCCCCGGCCGGACUACGCCUCGAAGCUGCUGGCCCAGGUCCUGUGGCAGGCCGAGCUCUGUAAGGGCUCCGGGGAGGCUGCGGAGUGGGCGGCGCUGCGCGAGCGGCUGCGGCCGCGCCAGUGCUCUCCCAAACCGCCUUGGCAGGCACACCAAAUUUGCCGACGACGCUGGGCGCGCCCGCCCGCAUCGUGACCCCCGAGGCGCUGAGCGGCUCGCCGCCGGGGCCGCCCGAGGGCUGCCCUCUGGCGCUCUGGCGCUCUGCCUGCCCAGCCACCGCCUCGUGCUACAAGGAGGCGCUCCCGCUGGUGAGCCCCGCCCGCGCUGCCCCCGCGGCCGCGGAGCGGGAGAGGCCGCCGCCCCCGCCCGCCCGGGCGGGCGGCCUGGGCGCCGCGCGCCCCGCGGCGGCGCCGGCGCGCGUGCAGAAGCAGGCCGAGCGCUCCCAGAGGUGGAGGCAGAAGGAGCAGGUGCUCGAGGAGGCCAGCCGCGCUCGCUCGCAGCAGCUCGACGACAGGCGGGAGAAGGCGGCGCUGCUGCGAGGCGCGCACGGCGCCCGCGCCGAGCGCAGGCAGCUCGAGCUGCAGCGGCAGGCGGCGGCGUGCCGCGCUGCGCUGCGGGAGCGGGCCGACGGGACCACCUGGCCUCCGAGCGGCGGCGUGGGGCCCUCGAGCGGCGGCGCUCCGCGACGGCCCAGGCCGCGCGGGCCGUGCGCGAGUUCACGGGCUGGCAGGCGGCGCGGCUGCAGCGCAUCCAGCAGCUGCAGCGCAGGGAGCAGCGCCGCGAGCGCAGGCGCUCGGACUCCCCCGGCCCUCACGCCGAGGAACGCGCCGACUCGCACAGCCUGUCCGGCCUCGGCCGCACGCCAUCCCCCCAGCGGAGCCGCGAGGACGCGCGCUCGGCCUCCCCCGGCCGGCAGGCCCGAUCGCCCAGCCUUUCCGGCCUCGGCCGCACGCCAUCCCCCCGGCGGAGCCGCGAGGACGCGCGCUCGGCCUCCCCCGGCCGGCAGAUCAGCUCGCCCAGCCUGUGCGGCCUCGGCCCGGCGACCCCGCCACGGCGGAGCCACGAGAGGAUGUGCGCGGCGGCGUCGCCUGGCUCGGGCGGCCCUCGCACCCGUGCGACCGAGCCCUUCUUCUGCGGCUCGCCGGCGCCGCCUCCGCGGGCCAAGAUGCCCUGUGCUCCGUUCCCGUCGCCCCGCCGCGACGGGCUUGGCCGAGACGGCCGCUCCGAGCCGCCCCGGCGCGCGACGCCCGCGCGGCCGCAGGCUUCGCCGCAGUGCCAGCAGGCGGCGCCGGAGCGGACAUCGGAGCCGCCGCCCUCACCAGCAUACCCGUGCGCCGUGGAGCCUCCCCGGCGGCGUUGCGCGGGGCCCGCCGCGAGGCCGCAGUCGGCGCGGCUGGCGCGGGGCCGGAACCUGUUGCCCACGACGCCGCGCCAGCGGAUCGACGCCGCGGGGAACAGCGACGCCCUGCCUCCAGCACCUCGCCCACAGGAGGCAGGCGCAGAGCGCGCCUCCAGGGUCAACACAGAGGAUCAGCGCCAGAAGCGCGAAGGGCCGGGCCGAGCCCGCAGCUCCGACCUGCUCUUGCAGGCGAAGCUCGAGCGGCCACAGGCUCCGCAGCAGUGCCAGCAGGGGGCCUUGGGGGCCACACGGGAGCCACCGCGCACGCCUGGCGGGGCUGCGCGCAGGCCCGGUGCCCCGGGCGGGGCCGAGCCCGUCCAUCAGCGCUGCGCGGGGACCGCCGCGAGGCCACAGUCGGCGCGCCUGAUGCAGGGCCGCGAGCGCCUGCCCGCGACGCCACGCGAAGCCAGUGGGGCCACUUGGGCCGAGUCGCCCAUACACUCGACAUCAGAGAGGGCGGAGGCUGCGCCGCAGCACCAGCCGGCGGGACCAGAGCCGACACGAGAACCGCAGGUCACUCCCGGCGGGGCUGCGCGCAGGGUGGGGUCCCCUCGCGGGGCGCAGCCUGCCUGGCGGGGCCGCGCGGGGCCCGCCGCGAGGCCACAGCCUGCGCAGCUGGCACAGAUCCGCGAGCUGCUGCCCGCGGCGCCACGCGAGGCCAGUCGGACCACUCGGGCCGAGUCGCCCUUGCAGGCGUCACCAGAGAGGCCAGAGGCUGCGCCGCAGCACCAGCAGGCAGCGCCAGUGCCAGUGCCAGAGCCGCCGUCCACGCCUGGCGUGGCUGCGCGCAGGUCGGGAUCCCCAGGCGGGGCGGAGCCCGCCCAGCGGGUCUUCCAGCAGUGCGCAGAGCUGGCCGCUGAUCGCGAGAGCCGCGUGUUGUUACCCGCGACGCCACGCGAGGCCAGUGGAGCCUCUGGGGCCGAGUCGCCCCAGGCGGCAUUAGAGAUGCCGGUGGCUGGGCCGCAGGACCAGCAGGCAGCGCCAGUGCCGACACCAGAGGCGCCGUCCACGCCCAGCGUGGCUGCGAGCAGGUCAGGAUCCCUGGGCGGGGCGGAGCCCGCCCAGCGGGUCUUCGCGGAGCCCGCCGUGAGGCCACAGUCGGCGCAGUUGGCAGAAGGCCUCAAGGUGUUACCCGCGACGCCACGCGAGGCCAGUGCAGCCUCUGAGGCCGAGUCGCCCCAGGCGGCAUUAGAGAUGCCGGUGGCUGGGCCGCAGGACGAGCAGGCAGCGCCAGUGCCGACAGCAGAGGCGCCGUCCACGCCCAGCGUGGCUGCGAGCAGGUCAGGAUCCCUGGGCGGGGCGGAGCCCGCCCAGCGGGUCUUCGCGGAGUCGGCGCAGUUGGCAGAAGGCCUCAAGGUGUUACCCGCGACGCCACGCGAGGCCAGUGCAGCCUCUGGGGCCGAGACGCCCCAGGCGGCAUUAGAGAUGCCAGUGGCUGGGCUGCAGGACCAGCAGGCAGCGCCAGUGCCGACACCAGAGGCGCCGUCCACGCCCAGCGUGGCUGCGAGCAGGUCGGGAUCUCUGGGCGGGGCGGAGCCCGCCCAGCGGGUCUUCGCGGAGCCCGCCGUGAGGCCACAGUCGGCGCAGUUGGCAGAGGGACGUGAGCUCUUGUGUCCGACGCCGAGCGAGGCCAGUGCCCUUUCGACGGCCCCUGACGCCGCCGACGCCGCCAUGGCCAGACUCUCCCAAGAGUUAAUGGCGGAGCCGUUGGAGCAAUUCGCGGAGCUGGCCGCUGAUCGCGAGAGUCGCGAGCUGCUGCCCGCGACGGGACUCGAGACCAGUCGGGCCACUCGGGCAGAGUCGCCCUUACAAGCGACAUCAGAGAGGCCAGAGGCUGCGCCGCGGCACCGGCAGGCGGCGGCAGUGCCGACACCAGAGCGGCUGUCCAAGUCCAGCGUGGCUGCGCGCACGACGGGAUCCCCGGGCGGGGCGGAACCCGCCGUGAUGCCACAGUCGGCGCAGUUGGCAGAAGGCGUCGAGCUGCCGCCCGCGACGCCACGCGAGGCCCGUCGGGUCACUGGGGCCGAGCCGCCCUUGCAGGCGACGUCAGAGAGGCCCGAGGCUGCGCCGCAGCACCAGCAGGCGGCGCCAGUGCCGACACCAGAGGCGCCGUCCACCUCCGACGGAGCUGCGCGCCGGUCGGGGCCCACGGGCGGGGCGGAGCCCGCUCAGCGGGUCUGCGCGGAGCCCGCCGCGAGGCCGCAGCCGGCGCAGCCGGCGGAGGGGCGCGAGCUGCUGCCUCCCACGCCGAGCGGGGCCAGCUCGGUCUCGACGGCCCCUGACGCCGCCGACGCCGCCGUGGCCAGGCUCUCCCAGGAGUUGAUCGCGGUGCCGCUCCAGCAGCUCGCAGAGCUGGCCGCGGAUCGCGAGGGGCAGGGCGGCAGCCCUGCGAACUCUGCCACGGUUGCUGUCGACGACCCGAAGGCGGUCCCGCCGGCCGAGGGGCCGCGAGCGCAGCAGCUCUGCCCUGGCGCGCCCGAGGCGCCCGGGGAGCAGUCCGCUGCGGUGUUCCCUGGGACCGCCUGCGACCUGCUGAGCGACACGGACGACAGCGAGGCCGACGAGUUCUUGUCGUCCCUGUCGGGCGCGGGCGACCAGCAGCCCGAGCACCGACCCGAGGAGGCCCUGCUGCACCCCGGCCCGAACGCCGGGGCCGGAGAUCGGCAGGGCAUGCCGUGCUAG